AUGCCUCAGGGUAAGAGCCCAAACUUCCUUGGAGUAAUGAGCUCCGAAGCCAGCAAAAGUCGGCGCGAGCGAAACAGAGAAGCGCAACAGCAGUUCCGAAAGCGAAGACAAGCUGCCGAAGCAGCUCGCAUGCAGCGGCUGAAGCACCUAGAAGGUAUUAUAGAGAGAAUGAGCACUGUGAUAGUAUCAUUCACCGACAAGAUGUUGCGCGAGGAUGUCUUGAACCAGUACCCGUUGCUGGCAGCCAAUGCUCAAGAGGUCAUCACUCAUGUACUUGCACUAGCUCAAGAAGCUGGAGAUCCUGAAGAGUGUAACAUGGCUGAAGCAGCUUCACCCAAUAGCAGAGAUGGUGUCUCUGCAACACAAGACACGGGGUUGUCAGAACUUUCCUUCCAUUCGAGUCCUCUGCAGACCGACAUGAUGAACAUUGAUCAACAGAACACCAUGUUGAUAACACAUCCUUCGUCACAAUAUCAACAUGCCAUGGGCGAUUCAACAAUAGCAUACACGAAUUUGCAAGAUCCUACACUCUCGGAACUUCCUUAUCUACCACCCUCAACGCUCCUACCAUCACUCGGUCCAGUCCCAUGGAACACUUCUAAACCUCUUUCGCCAACGUCUUUUACAUAUAGACUUACUCACUCGUGUUUUAACGUGGGUCUCCUCCUCCUUAAAAAGUCACAAGACUCACCGUUUCCUCUCUCAGAUGAGACCCGAGUUUUCGGCGCAACAUUACGACAGGACGAGCGAGAAGCGAUGACGAGAAAAUUGAGGUGGAUCACUGGUAUUGGAUCGCAAGAUAUCAAGCUCGCUGCACUCUUGCCGUGGGGAGGACGAUACCGCGGGCAAGACUUUGCAGGCGAUGACCUCACGAGCACUUGUAAAACGACAGAUAGAACGGCACUGCGGUUUCUUAGUGCUGCUGGUAUCCAACAACAGUUGGGGAGAUUGGAUGCUCGAGUUGUAGCUCAAGAUACCCUCGAGUUGGAUCUUGGUGAAGCAAUGGGUAACGACGAGCCGAGGCCCUUACAACCAGACAGCUGGAGCUUUGUCAACUUCUUCCCACCGGAUAUCCUUGCACAGAAGGGAAAGUGUACCAAGAUACGGUGUGUGUUUAGCGAUGGGGCCUGGAUUUCCACGAAGAGAGUUUAA